AAGGCGACAGGUACCAUGGUAGCUGCUGUUGUUGCAUCAGGUGACUUCUGGGCCUGGUCCAGUGCCCUGACCACUUCCUUCUCGUGCACCCUGAUCUCCCAAGCUCAGGUUGAGGCCCAUGGCUUAAUCCCUGCUGCACUGAGCCCUUUGCCUGGGCCUCUCCCCUCGCCGAGCCGGAUGUGAUGUCUUUGUGUUCCCCGCAGCCCAGCGGAUCUCCCAACGUCGUGUCCUGUGGGAGCCCCUCACCCUGGGGCUGAAGGAUGAACUCUAAGUAUGUGCUGCUGGGGGGCCUGUACUUUGUCCAAGGGAUGCCGUAUGGGCUACAGUCUGGCCUGCUGCCCAUCUAUCUCCGCAGCGUGGGCCUCUCCUUCACCAAGAUCAGCCUGGCCAAAAUGCUCUACCUGCCCUGGAUCCUCAAGGUGCUGUGGGCUCCUCUUGUGGAUCAGUACUACACCAAGCAGACCUGGCUGGUGCUCAGCAUGUCUGGUCUGGGGCUGGCCUGCCUAGCAUGUGCCACUAUGUCGCCAGAGACCAACUUCAUGCCAGUUGCUGCCAUGCUGCUGCUCAUGAACUUCUUUGCUUCUGUCCAGGACAUCGCGGUGGAUGGACUAGCCAUUCGGCUCCUGGGGCAGCACGAGAUCGGGUAUGGCAACACCAUCCAAGUGGUGGCUUACAAACUGGGCUCUGUGCUGGCGGGAGGAGGCCUCCUGUCCUUGAUGCACCUGUUGGGCUGGGGGAUUCUCUUCUUGCUUCUGGCGAUUGUUUAUCUUCUGGCCGUGCUGUAUGUGUGGAGUGCUUCAGGGCUGUGUCUCACACUGGGACGGCCUUCCGAGGACAGCCAGCCUCGGGCAAGAACCUUCAACCCUUGGAGAAUUCUCCAGGAGCUCCUCUGUGUGCCGGGCACCCUGUGGACUGCUGGCUUUGUCCUCCUCUACAAGCUUGGUGAGCAAGGUGCCACCACCAUGUUCCCACUCUUCCUGCUGGACCACGGAUUCUCCCCACAGCAGCUUGGCUUCUGGAACGGGAUGGUAGCCAUGGUCUUCUCCAUCACAGGUUCCUCGCUCAGUGGCCAGCUGAUGUCCAAGCAGAGGCAGCCGCUGUCUUUGCUGAAGGGUCUGUUACUGUUCCGCUUCUGCAGCCUGAACUUCCAGACCUUCUUGGUUUUCACUUAUGAUGCUGGCGCAUCUCUCUUCAAAGGGGCUGCGAUCCUGAGCAUCUUUGUCCAGCACUUCACCGCAGGGAUGAUCACCACGCUGGCUUUCAGCGCCAUGAUGCAGUGCACGCAGAAGGCAGAUGGCAGCAUCCAGGCCACUCAUUACAGUUUCCUGGCCACCCUGGAGGUGCUGGGCAAGCUGGCGUUCAGCGCCUCCGUCGGGAGCCUCGUGGACUGGCUGGGGUUUUCGGUGUGA